AUGAAAAGUAAGCUCAUAGCCCGUCAGGAGAAACAAGCCCACUAUUACAACCAGCAUUCAGGACCACCCAAAAAGCCAUUCGAAGCUGACCAACCCAUCCGCACGUACAACCACCACUCACAAACCUGGGAACCUGGCAUUAUUGUAAAACCCGCCAAACAGCCAAGAUCUUACAUCAUCAGGUCCAGCAGUACAGGUACCACCUAUCGAAGAACACGGGCCCAACUGAAACCAGACACAACUGCAGUGAGGGGAACACAAUGCCAGCGGGUGGAAACCCCAGUAUACCAAGGUUCUGAGAUACCUCAGCAGACAACUAGUCUUGCCCCAGUCAGUCACACACAGACAUCGCACAAAAACGGUGCAGCCCCCAGACCAGGAUCUGGCGAAACAGUGCCACUGAACAACAUCCCCCAGGGACCCUCAGACAUAGCUGGAGGAUAUGUGACCAGAUCUGGGAGGACUGUGACACCUGCACAAAGGCUGGAUCUAUAA